AUAAUAUAUCAAUUAAAUUUGAACAUACAACCCUUUUCCUUUCUAUCCCUUUCUCCAUCUUGUCCUUCUCUAUAUAGGGGAAAAACCAAAAACCAAAACAAGUACUUAAUAAACCAUGGAACAAGAGUAUGAUCAUCAACAAGAGCUCCAACUCCUCCCACCACCACCACUACCGCCUCGGCCCGCUCCUUCACGUUCUCUUCCUUGGUUCCACCACCACCGCCGCCGCCGACCACCAUUAUACCCACCUUCUCACCACCAAUUUGAUCAUGAAGAAAAUCUCAAUCAUGGUGUUGGUGGGCCACCUUCACUUGAUUUGAAGCUUUCUAUCAGCUUGGAGCCAGCCGAGCCGACUGAUUUCGAGUCUCUUAAAUGGCAAGCCGCCGAGCAAAUACGGCUAGCCGCCAUUGAAAAGGCGUAUGCAGAACGAGUUAGAGAGUUGACUCGGAAGGAAAUUGAAUUGGCUCACUCCGAGUUUGCUCGAGCUCGGGCUAUGUGGGAUAAAGCUAGAGAAGAAGUUAUAAAGGCUGAAAGACUUAGGGAUAGUGCUACUACUUGCAUGGGAGAAAUCACUUGUCACUCUUGCAGGCAAAGGUUUCGUCCUAGCUAGCUUUAUUUAUUAUUUUAAUUACAUUAUUUUUGUUUUUAAUUUUCAUAAUUAAUUAGGAUUAUAUAUAAUAUCCAAAUCCAAAUUUUUAUUUAAUGUGCAAUAAAAAGUUAUUUUUGUACCCUUUAUUAAUUCAUUCACUCUUAUUUGAUGGUGCAUUUAAUAAUUUAAUAAAUUAAUAUACAUGAAGUUGAUUAUAAACUGUCUCUCGGUGAGAUGACCUCAAAAAGUGGAGUUUAUAUGCUAAGUUUUUAUUAAUUGGGCUAUUUAAUUCAUGUAUGAGUAGCGUCUGACAGAGAAAUCAUCUCAAUUUUGUGUAUUUUUUAUGGUUUAUGUAGUUGGAUUGUGAAUAUGUUAUUUUAGAUAUACUAUUUACAAUAAAUGAUGUUAAACUAUGGCGGAUUUUGAAUCUUAAAUUAAAGGGGUCAAAUUAUUUAUUAAAAAAAAAUUAGGGAGUGUAAGGAAUUUUUGA